AACCCAUAAUCAAGAUUUUUUAAAUUUGUAAAGGGAAGAAUAUAAACUAUAAUGGAAUUUUUUGAAAAAGCGCACAUUAUGAAAAGUGAUGAAUCAAAAAGUAAGAAAUCAACAGAAAAUGUCAAGAAACAAUUAAAACAAAUGUUAUACGGAUAUAAAGUUAGUGAUAAUAAACUCAUACAUAAUGCUGGUAAUAUUAAAAAUGAUUUCGACGAUUCUACAUCAGUAAGUGGAUUCUCAGACUUAAACUUAACCAAUUCUAGUCAUGAAGACGAUACUACACAUGCAGAAACAACGGCUAAUGAUGAAAGUAGUUUGACUGAUUUAAGUGAAAAUUUAAGUACUUCAAAUGUACUUUCUGAUAAUAAUCCUACUCAUGAAGAUGAUUUCUAUGAGAAUUCAAUUUCUGAAAGUAAUGAAAACAUUGAAUCUCUUUCUGAAAAUGUUAUUGAUGAAGAAUCAUCUUUAAGUGACAGUAAUAUAUCAAUAAUAAGUGGAAUUCUCGAAUCAUCAUCUGAAAGUGAAAAUUCAAACGUGUUUGAUGCAGACGGUAACUUGGCUGCUGAAAUUCUUAAAAAAUUAGAAUUAACAAAAAAAAUCAAAAUAGUUAAAAAACAGAAACACAAACGGAAGUAUAGUGAAGUUGACAAUGAUGACGAUAGUAUACAACGAGGGUUAAAAAAUAAAAAUCAACCUACAGAAGAAGUUUCAGAAAAAGAAACUAGUUAUAGAGAUAGUAUAUUAUCAAGUUUCAGUAAUGAGAUUGAAAUCAGUAGUGACUUUGAAACAAAUGCAAAUUCUCCUCAAUUUGUUUCGAUAACAGCCACAGAUAUGCCAAAUCAAAGUUUAGAUGAAGUAAUAGGAGAGUACAAAUACUCCACUAUCAGAAAUUUACCAUCAGAGAAUUUGAAUACUGUUUCCUGUACUAAUAAUUCUGGUAUAUUUAAUGAGGAAAAUAUGAGUGUUGAUAUUCAGACAGAGGAUGAUGUUUGUAGUUUAAUUCCAGAAGUAGAUGAUAUUCCUCCAGUUGAAGAAAUUGAUAAGGAACUUGAAAAUCUAGAAAUAUCUGUUAAUGCAAAUGUAGAAGAUAGUAUAACUAAUCUUGAUAAUACAUUUCUAUCUGAAAUGCAUUCAGAUACAGAAUUAUUAAUGACAGUAGAUGCUGUUAAUUUAGAGGAAAAAUUCAAAUUAUACUAUACUCAAAAUAGUUCUAUAGUAACAUUAAAGCAUCCUUCAGAACUAUUUAUACAAGGAAAGGUUAAAAUUAAAGCUUUAUUUGGGAAACUUGAAAUAUUUGGUUAUACCCUUAAAGAUGACACCUGUAAUAUCUAUGCACCUUAUUAUAAUUUUGCUCAAUUUAUAAAGACAGUUGAGCAUUCAAGUGCUUAUUUUGGUUUAUUUGGUAAACUAACUUCAGCUGGUCUCUCAGCAACCGAAGCUGAAGACAUAGUUACAUCUAUUGGGCAUCAAGAUGCAGUUAUUAUCUUACAGUCAUUAGAUGAAGUCGCAAUGGACUUUAUAGAUAGUAAUUUUAAAGCCACUAACAUUUUUGUUAAACCAAAUAAAAUUAUGGAACCAUUUUUCAUAAAAGCAUCAGAUAUUCUAAAUUGCUCUCUUUUUUCCGCACGACCAUGGAAAUGCUUUAAGAUACAUCCUAUUUGGAAAGAAGCAAAUGGACAUGCUCAAAAUAAUUUGAGUAGAGGGCUAGUCUGUGGAGGUGCUGGUGUUGGAAAAUCUACAUAUUUAAGGUAUCAAGUAAAUAAACUCCUUGAUAAUGGUCCAGUACUUGUAGUGGAUUUGGACCCUGGACAAUGUGAAUUUACAGUGGCAGGAAAUAUUGGAGCUACCAUUGUUACCUCUCCACUUUUUGGACCAAGUUUUACACAUCUGAAGAAACCAGAAAUAAUGCUAAACAUAGGCAUGAUCAACACAAUGGACAAUGCAAAACGUUAUGUCUCCGCGGUCCACAGUCUAAUAACUCAAUGCAGUAACAAUGAAACUUUAGCCAACAUGCGGUGGAUUAUAAAUACCAUGGGAAUGACGAACGUGUUAGGACACAAGUUCAUUACGCUCAUCAUUAUACUCUUAAAACCAACUUACCUGAUCCAAUAUGAAUCCAAAAGUAAUAAGAAACGCUUUGAAUCAUUACUCAGACCACAUAAUAUUAAGAUGAUGUAUGAAGACUACAGAAAAGAUUACUUAUUCGCUAAUACGUCGUGCCCUAAUGAUUUGAAUUAUUCUUUUGUAUUAGCUGAUGAUAGAGAAAGAUCCUUUAAAGGCCAAUUCUCUUUAAGACCUAAAGAUGAGAGAUAUCUGAAUUUCUUGGCUUACUUUAGCCAAUUAAUAAAUAUUCAAAAUAAUUUCCUGGGAAUUGUCCCAUAUCAGGUUCAUUUAAAAGACUUGUAUAUCGGCACAAAUGUUAUCAUAAAGGAAGAUUGCGUUACGAAGGUGAUCAAUGGCAAAGUGGUGGCACUGUGUCAACAAGCGACACAAUGCGUAACCGCCAGCCCAAAGGUGUUUACACUGUCCGAUAAACCGUUGCGAUGCCACGGACAUGGUCUUAUUCGAGGAGUUGAUUGGGAAAAGGAAAUUUUGUAUGUCAUAACACCAGUGCCAAGCAAGGAACUCGGCAGUGUGGACACUCUGGUGUAUGCAGACUGGGUACCAGAACUGGUGGGACAGGAGAGUCAGCUACCCAAAGGCACUGUGGUCCCCUAUCGCACCAUAACUCAAGACCACAACAAGCAACUUAUGUCCACACCUCGCAGAAGGUUCAACCCUCUGCAACUGUUAAAAAUGGCAAGGAGUUCCUAAAUUGAAAGCUUGGUUAAUUAGUUAAUAAAUUUGUAAUUGGAAUAGAUCCAAAAUAUCUUAAAUUAUAAAAGGAAGUCUAAUUAUGUUAAUUCAUGUAUAUUUGAAAGAUAAUUUUGUACUUACAAUACUAAUAAAACAUAACAUAGA